AUGCGCUCCCUGAUCGCCGGCUCGAUGCGCUCUGCGCUCGCCAGCGAAUCGGUUGCGAUGAACCCCACCAAACCAUCGGCGGGGAAAAAGAGGGGCCGAAGGAAGACUUCCGUAGCAACUUCCGACGACGGCGGUGCGUCAUCCUCCAGCACCGAGGUGCCGGAAAAGACCAUGGCCGUCGAGGAGGUGGCUCCGGUGAUUUCGGGGCCUGCUGCGUCGAAAGACACGAUGCCCGCACCCCAGUGGGCACCAGUGAGGAGGAGGGGCGCAGUGUCACCGGCGACGUCGGUGGAGUCGAUGUCGACGUCGGCCGCGUCCCUGGCUAGCGGGGACGAGGCAUUCCGCGACCUCGACCAUGCCCUGGUCAAUCUGGCUAAGUUGCUGUCGACCGUGGCUGCCAAGGGCGCCGAGCCAGGCAGCAGCUACCGGAAGAGGCUCCGGGAGGGAGCCGCUAUGGUUAGGACGAAGCUGAUCCCUACCAUGUCCAAACUCGUAGCGCAGCUUGACUCCAGGGAGAGUCGCAUUCUGGGGGACUCCCCAGCCUUGCGAGAGGGGACUCCCUUGUCGCCGAUGCCUGCGCUGGCACGCUCUGAGCCACCCGUGAGGAAGAUGGACACCAGCGCGCCUUCGCGGGCUGGGAUGAGUGUGGCGGCGCUCAUGCCAGCGCCUACUACUGUGGCCCCUGUUCCGCGCGUGCCUACUCCCGCGCUUCCUCGCCCCCCUCGGAGGGUUGAGUUAAGGCCUGCGCCGCCUUCCCGGAUAUCGGCGCCCCUGCAUCCAUACAGGCAGGAAGGUUAA